ACAGUAUCUGGAAUAACUGUCAUGCCAAGUGAACUUUCAGCAACAGCUGAAGCUGGAUGUGGCGGGAUGUUUUCAGAUGCCCACGGCUCAUUUUUUGGCCCAUAUUAUCUUGGAGAAAAUAGAAAUCUAAAGUGUGUCUGGACAAUUAACUCCCCUGAGCACUAUCCAAUGAGACUAAUGCUUAAUUACAUAAACUUAGAUUGUGCUACUGAAUAUAUUGCUGUCUAUAAUGGAGAACCAGAUAGGUCAACUCUACUUAAGAAAAUAUGCGAAGGAGAAACAACACUAUACUCUUAUUCGGGCAUGAUGACCUUGGUAGUAUACAGACAUUCCAAUACAGAAGGUCAAGGCUUCAUUGCAUUUUAUGAUGUAGGAGCGGCUUUCACAACUCCAUUGCCAAGAGUUGAACUCACAACUCAUCCUGAAGAAACAAGUGGUUUGAUGGAAACAACUUUUGCUCCACCUACUCCAGCUCAACCUGAUAUCAAAACAAUCAGACCAAAAGUGACCUCUGCUCCACCUACUCCAACGCAACCUGGUAUCAAAACAACUACCACAGCAACCACACCAGAAGUGGUCCCUGUCUUUGAGUUGCCCAGAGUGACAAAUGUGAGAUUGGCAGAUAUGUAUAUUGAAUUAAAUAAUUAG